CGAUACCGUACCGAGAGAGUUGAAGCUGAGAAAGAAUGGCGGGGCUCUACGAGAAGCAGUCGGAGACGUACGCCAAGAAGCGUCCGCAGUACCCCAAGGAGUGGUUCUCCAUGCUGGCCAGCCUCACCGCGGGGCACCAGCGCGCCUGGGACGCCGGGUGUGGCACCGGCCAGGCCGCCAUCAGCAUGGCGGAGCACUACGAGAGCGUGGUGGCGACGGACGUGAGCGAGGGGCAGCUCCGGCACGCCACCGCGCACCCGAAGGUGCGGUACCUCCACACCCCGGAGCACCUCUCGGAGGACGAGCUGGUGUCGCUGGUCGGCGGCGAGGGCUCCCUGGACCUGGUCGUGGUGGCCACCUCCAUCCACUGGUUCGACGUCCCGCUCUUCUACGCCGUCGUGAGCCGCGCCCUGCGGAAGCCCGGCGGCAUGCUCGCCGUGUGGGGCUACAACUACGAGAUCCACCCGUUCGAGGACGCGCUGCACGGCCAGCUCUACCCGGCCCUGCGGCCGUACCUGGACCCGCGGGCGGGACUGGCCAUGGAGCGGUACAGGUCCCUGCCGUUCCCGUUCGAGCCCGUCGGGGUGGGCGCCGAGGGCGCGCCCGCCGACGUGGACAUCGAGGUGGAGAUGACGCUGGAGGACCUGGUCGGGUUCCUGAACACCGGCUCUGUCGUGACCACGGCGAGGGCCAAGGGCGUGGACCUGGAGGCGGUCACGAGGGCCGCGCUGAAGCGUGUGGAGGAGCAGUGGGGCGGCGCGCCCACCGUGCCGAGGAAGCUCGUGUUCAAGGCGUUCAUGCUCGCCGGGAGGCCCAAGUGCUGAAGUGAUAAUGCCGAAUAAGUGUUUGCUUGUCAGUCAGCGUGAGAUUGAGAUGAGAUCACAGACUACAAUACAUCAUAUAGCCAGCCACUGGAUUAUGUCUGGCGAUCUAAUGACAUCUGAAGCCACUACAUCCAACCCAGGUAGAGGUAGCAAACUGCGUAUUCCUUUCAUGCUGUAUGCAGAAUGAAGAAGAAAUACCUAUUUCCAUUGCCUAGUGAAUUCCCAUUAGUAUUUCUUCUUUCACUGGAUUAUGUUGUAUGCAGAAUGAAGAAGAAAUACCUAUUUUCAUUGCCUAGUGAAUUCCCAUUAGUAUUUCUUCUUUCACUGGAUUAUGUUGUAUGCAGAAUGAAGAAGAAAUACCUAUUUUCAUUGCCUAGUGAAUUCCCAUUAGUAUUUCUUCUUUCACUGGAUUAUGUUGUAUGCAGAAUGAAGAAGAAAUACCUAUUUUCAUUGCCUAGUG